GAGUCGCCGGCGACGCACAGCUAUCCAACGACACAUUUAUAACUUUAUUUUAUUGUUUUUAUUAAAUUUAAUUAUACAAAAUGAGUGCUGUACCUUUGGUUGUAUUUAACAAUGGCCACACUUGUCCCGUCAUCGGCUUAGGCACAUGGAAAUCGAAGCCGGGUGAAGUGACGCAGGCAGUCAAAGAUGCAAUUGACAUCGGCUACAGACACAUCGACUGCGCCCACAUCUACGGCAAUGAAAAAGAAGUUGGGGAGGCUUUGAAGUCGAAAUUCGACGAGGGUGUGGUUAAAAGGGCUGACAUCUUCAUAACCUCAAAGCUGUGGUGCACGAGCCACCGACCUGACCUCGUGGAGGCAGCGGUCAAAACAUCGCUCGCUGACCUCGGCUUAGACUACCUAGACCUCUAUCUCAUACAUUGGCCUCAAGCUUACAAGGAGGGUGAAGAUAAUUUCCCAGUAGACGAACAAGGUAAAGCCAUUCCCUCAGCAGUGGACUAUGUCGACACGUGGAAGGCCAUGGAGGGUCUGGUGGAUAAGGGUCUGGUGAAGAGCAUCGGCGUCUCCAACUUUAACAAGAAACAAAUCGACAGAGUGGUUGAGGCAGCGAGGAUCAAACCGGCGGUUAAUCAAAUCGAAGUCCAUCCAUAUCUGAACCAACAGAAGAUAUUUGAGCACUGCAAGUCUCUAGGCAUUGUUGUUACCGCGUACUCACCGUUGGGUAGCCCUGACAGACCCUGGGCGAAGCCCGGAGACCCCACACUCAUGGAGGAUGAAAGACUGAAAUCGGUUGCUGCUAAACAUAACAAGACUGUCGCGCAAGUCCUCAUCAGAUAUGCGAUAGAGCGCGGCAUGAUUGUGAUCCCGAAGUCUGUCACCCGCUCCCGCAUCGAGCAGAACUUCCAGGUGUUUGACUUCCAGCUGUCAGCGGAUGAUCUGCAGGCGAUCGCCGCUCUCGAAUGUAACGGCAGACUCUGUUCUAUGGGCGACGUCCAUCAUCCUGAUUAUCCGUUCCACGAUGAAUUCUAGAAGAAUUCUAUAACCUUCUUCGUCUUUCUAGCACAGAAUGUUGUGUGAUACGCGGCCGGUGGCCAUUUUUGUUGUUU